CUAGUCUCUGAAGGCAUUCGUCGCCUCUACACGUCUGUUAGGGAAAACUCUGUCGACCAGAGAGAAAACUACUCCUCACGACGGAUAGCAAUGCUUCUUUAUGAGUGGUGAAUUCUGGCAAGAGAAUAGUGAUACAAACACACUCAAAAUGCAACAGGGACUGAGCCUGCCUCAGUAUGAUCUACAAAAGCUAACUAAAUAAUGGCGACCUUUAAAGAAGUGGCUCGCACAGCUGUUGGUGGAUCAGACGAGGAGCUUCCAACACAGGAGGACGCAGUUGGGGAAGAGCCUUACAGGACACCAGAGAGGAGACAUGUUGAUGUCCUUCUAGAUAUUAGUGAGGAGGACUCCCUGAAAGAACUGGAGCCAUAUGAGUAUCACUGUUACUCUGGUUUGGAAGAAGCUGUCCGAGGUUGGGCCAGAGUUGCACCACUGAGCUGCAUACUUUUGACUCAGAAGAGAUACAGGAAACCAAAGCACAAGGAGGCUGACAACCCAACCACCGUAUCUGUUGACCCAACACUCCUUAAUGCAGACAGCUCAGCCAGCUGUGAGUCGCAUGCAGGCUCUCAUAACAACUUAAAGAAAUCCAUGCCAUUAAAUCAGCAGGUGGGAUCUUGGAGUAACACUCCUGUGGCGGCCCUGCAGCCAGAUGCCUCAGAAUGGCCUGUCCUGGGUGCCAUGAAGAAAACUACGUCACACCUCUUACUCAAAGAAAAGAUGGAGGCGGAAGGGAUGCUCAGAGGGACUCCUGUGCAGCUUCACCAUCUGUCUUUAAAAUACUCUGUGUCAGAGAAUAAGCCCACUAAGCCUCAGAGAGUCAGCCACAGCCACAGGUCCAAUAAUACAGUUGUUCCCAUUAAAAACUUCACAUUUUUACCACCAAUCAAGUCACCACACCAGAAUCCCAAGGUCGGUGGCCAACUCUGCAGUGGGAGGAAGGCCUCAGAGGGAGAAACCUUAGAGGAAAACUGUUUCAUGUUUGAUGAUAAGAGUGAGACAAGAGGAACAAGAGUGGACCCUGCUGUUAAUACAGAGCUUCCCAAUUACUCUGCAGCUCUGACCUCCAAGUACCGGACAUGUCAACAUAACCCCCACUUGUUCUCUGCUGUAAGUGUUUCUGUCUCCAAGAGGUAUCAGGUACCUAUUUCUUCCAAACCUGACACAGUGCACCACAGGAGAUACUCAAUGGGCAAGAGCCUGACACAGGCCCUCCACACCAGCACUGCAGCAGGUGCACAAGCCCAUAUGCACCCCAGCUGCCUGUUUUCUUAAUACUGUAUGCUGUCACUCUGUAUGAGGCCUUAGUAUUCAGUAUUUUACAGCUUUAAACUCUCAGGUUCAACGAAGUAAAAUCUGUUUUACCAAUGCAUCAUAUGGUAUUUCCAUUACAAUAGUCAGCUGGAAGAAUUAAAUCAAUGUAUGAAACAUGUUCAUAAAAGUAACUCAUUGCGGAGGUAAUUCAUUUAGUGUUAAGAGUUCAGUCAGUCCUCUUUGGCACAUGUCAGACCAUACUUACAAUAACAUUAAUUGUCAAUGUUGAAAUGUUACGCUCCAUAUGUCUUUUGGGCCUUUAUUUUGUUCUGACCAGUUCCCACAAGUGUUUUUUCAGCUGUUCUAGUUACCUAGCAACGGUGCAACUACCUCAUAAGAAGCCUGGUUGUGUGCCUGCCAGGCACAUGUUCUGCUUUUUAAACUACAACCUACACUAAAGCUCUGUCAGAACUUUAGUAUCGCAUUGUAGUUUCUGUCUAUGCAUGAUAUAAGCUGUGGCCAAACUACUGCAUCUGCUCAGUGCACUUUCAGUUUUAUAUCGGAAGGUAUAAGUGUUUUCUGGUGGCUAUGGAUGGGGUCUGGGUUGUACAGUGUACAAGGGUUAUCAGUGCAAUAUUAUGCCGAGAUCCCUGAAUAUACUGCAUGGCAUGUUGGUCUCCAAAGACCAGCCACAUCUUGCAAUACUUUUUAAACUUGCAUGAUUGAUACUUAUUACACUACCUCUUUAGGGUUUAGCUGCCUUGUAAAAUAAAAGAAUAAUAUAGUGGGUUGUUCUAUAAUCAAAAGAGCUGAAGUGUUAACCUAAUCAAAUCAAAUGUUUGUCUUACCUGAAUGUGUACAUAAAAUAAAAUGGUUACUUAGAACUGAUUUGUAAAGGGUUGUUAUAUUUGGUAAAAAGAUGAAAUACACAAUACUAUGAAGUUUUAUGAAGUUUUAUUUUGUUCUAUAAUAAGUAUGAGAAAGGGUCAACCUACUGAAAUCUAUCAUGGUGCUCCUUUAAGCUUGUAGUUUUGCACAGAAGAACAAAAUACAUUGCACACUGAAGAAGGAAUCAUCAAAAUCUGUGCAUUUUAUAUCCCCAUACCAAACAUGGUUGAUGUGUGAAACUCAACGGACUCCAUGUUGCCCUCCAUCUCCUCCUACCGCUGUACCAAUGUAUUGUUCAACCCAUCCUGAUCUACUGCUCCAACUAUUUCUUAAACAUGCUCUCUCUCGCAAACUGGGCCAAACUCACACACAUAACCCAGACUGCUGCCAAGGUAACAGGUCUUCCCACAUCCAACCUCACAGAGCUUAAUUCUGGGGCCAUCACAUGUACUGCAAAUACAAUAGCACCUGGGGUGCAGAAGGCCUUGCUUUGGCAAAAGCCUGGUAUCUGCAGCAAUAGCUGCCCUAAACUGUUCCAUUCUGAAUGGGUUUGGUAAUACAUGUCUUGUUCUCAUGUUGUAUUGCCUGUCGCUGUUGUGUUGUACACAUAUUUCUUCCUGUCAUUAUUGUAUGAUGUUGUGUGUAAAGUGUAAUGCUGAUUUUCCCUGUGAUGUACAGCGCUGUGAAAAAGGGACAAUAAAGUCCAACUAACUAAA